AUGUCCAACCCUUCUGAGCCCAGACCCGCACCCACACUUGUUGAAACAAGCUAUGGUCGGGUGGCAUACCGCUCCUUUGGGUCCGGUAGCCUUCCCCCGGUAUUCUGCAUUCACGGAAACUCUUCUAGCAGACAUAUCUUCAAGCCAGUUUUGCUCAACCAGAACAUUACUUCAACCCGCCGAGUGAUAGCCGUUGAUCUACCGGGGCACGGCGAAUCUGAUGAUGCGAAAGAUCCAGCCCACACUUACACAAUGCCCGCCUACGCCAAGGCUUGCGUGGAGGUGCUGAACAAGCUCGACAUCAGUGAGGUCGUUUUAGUUGGCUGGUCUCUCGGAGGCCAUAUUGCAGUCGAGAUACUGCCCCUGUUCAGCGGCGUCAAGGGUAUCGUCAUUGUUGGUUCGCUGCUGGUGCCGAUUUGGGGCAAGCCUCUGGACGACGAACGUACGAGGUGGAACAUGCGUGAGGACUUGUCCGACGAGGAACUCACCGCAUUCUCAAAAAGGGCCACAGGGGGGCCUUGGGAGCAGUGGAUGGCCGAGUCUGCCAUCCGAACCGACUCCAAAGCUCGUCGUGUUCUAUUUACUAAUCUCGGGUGUGGCGAUUGUUCCGAUCAGCAAAAGCUGGCAGCCGAGACGAACGUCCCCCUGGCAGUUGUUGUAGGCACGGACGAGCCUCAUCUGGACAACAACAAAAUCAAGGGCUUGAAGUACGGUAAUCUGUGGUCUGGCAAGGUCAUCGAAAUCCAGAAUGGGAAGCACUGCCCAGUAUGGGAGAAGCCAGCUGAUUUCAACCCCGUGCUGGAAAAAUUCUUGGGAGAUGUUGCCGCUUGA